GAAAACUAAGUUGGCAGCUUCCACAGCUGUUACUGUUUCUACAAAUAUCGUGCAGAAAAAUUGUUAGCUUUCAGCUAAAAAAGCCUUCCAAACAUGGCCAAGAUUAUCAAGGCGUCCACUGGAUUGACCGGCCUGGCCGUGUCUACCAAUCCUCACCACACUCUCUCGGCUCUGUACUGCAAGAUCCUGCGGGCAGUGGCCAAGAUGCCGCAGGAAUCCAGCUACAGGAAGUACACGGAGCAACUAGUCAACGAUCGCGCCAAUGCCUUGACUAACAACAAGAGCAUCCCUGAUCUGGAGCGGGCUGUUGGCUGUGGUCAGGUGGAGGAGCUGAUCGUCCAGGCCGAAAACGAACUGGUGCUGGCCCGCAAAAUGCUCGGCUGGAAGCCCUGGGAGAAGUUGGUCCAACAGGCGCCGCCCAAGCAGUGGGACUGGCCCCCAGCCCAGAUCAUGGAGCCGAAAGUCUAGAAAUCCGCCAUUUAAAACAAUUUUUUGUUUAGUUCUAUUAUAAUUCAGAGAAAUGGAAAACGAGAAUAGAAAUAAAUCUGUUGAUAAGACAGAAGCUUAAUCAUCCAUAAA